CAACGACGAGGAGCGCAAUGAAGGAAACGAGGCUAUCGGUCUUGUCGCCAUCGCCGCGGUAGUAGACGAUAUGGACCGCUUCCAGCCCAUAUCGCUGACGACAUCGUCCCUGGGCGCACAUCUGGCACCCUCGGAGGAGGUCGUGACGCUGUGCGCCUCUGUCGGCCUUUAUUCCGGCCCGUCAAAGUCACUGCCACAUUCCUCUGGCACUGUCUAUCUGACGUCGCAUCGGCUCUUCUACAUCGACGACAAGGAGCCGCACAAGCACAGCUGCCAUCUCGAUCUGGACCUUGUCAAGAACUCAGAGUAUUACGCUGGGUUCCUCAAGAGCAGCCCCAAAGUCACACUGGGCCUUCGAUCAGCAGAAAGAGAUGCCGGUCUACCGACACCGAGCUCGAGCAGCAGCAGAAGCCAGAGCAACAACAACAGCCGGGCAAAUCUUGCGGCGAGAAUCGACUCUCCUGUACCCUCUCCAAGCCCAAGGAAGUCGACCUCGUCGCUUUCUGCGACCCAGCAUCAGGACUGGCGGCUGAAUGCAACCGUCCAGGAUCUCGGCUCGUCGCCUCUGCCAAAGACGACUUGGAUUUGCCGGGUCUGCGCCUUCAGCAACCCGAUAGAUCAAGUGCGAGGGGCAGGAGUAGCAUUGAAAUGCCAGCUCUGUGGUGUGCCCCGUGACAACGAGGAGAUCGAAGCUGACCCUCGGGCUUUCAACAGCCAUCAGGCUGUCCCUUCCCCAAGUCCUUCCCCUGCACCAACCGCGGUCGCAGCGGGCGAAAAUGGCGGUGUCUCGUGCCCCGUGUGUACAUUUUCAAACCACCCGUCGAUGGUGCGCUGCGAGAUGUGCGACACGCCGUUGGGCUCUAUCGAUGUCAACGCCCUACAAACGGCUGCCCGUGUGGAGAACGGAAGAAAUAAGACGAAUGGACAAAGAGCUGAGCUCACUACUUCUGCUCGGAGAAAGAAUGACUUUCACCCGGUCGUGAGCCUCGACGAUGCGUUGGUCGAUGACGGUGACGAAGACGAUGACGACGACUACGGUACAGCACUGCCCGCUGAGAAGCACGAUAGCGUUCGUCUCUCAUUCCGAAGAGGCGGGGACAAAGCCUUCUACAACCUGCUCAAAUCAACGUUGCAGAUGAAAGCCUGGAAAAGAACCCGGGAAGAAGGAGAAUCAAGCAUGUCGGGAGCCUAUCGAAACAUUGACGGAAGGGAUCCUGGCGCUGUCGGGCUGUCCUCGCCGAAUGCAGCUGCGGCUUCGAGACGAGUUGGCAUCGAAGGCAUCUUUUCGACGAUGGAGCUGCAGUCGAGAGAGGAGCAUCAGGGAAUGCAAGAUGCCAUCAAGGAUCUCGAAGCGCUCAUGGGGCAAGCCAAGAAAAUGGUCGAAUUCGCAGAGAGCCUCAAUGCAAAGCUGACGAAGCAAGAGGCGGCGCGAGUUGGCUCACAAGAACGAGGAGAGAGCGCAGGAGCCGAGGAUGAGGCCGCUGCUACAUUGAUUCGAUCUUCGCUCCUCCGUUUGGGCUUGCCCACACCAGCACUGACGCCCGACAUGGCGCGCGACGAGGCAGAGUACCACCGGGGCCUUGCGAGGGAGCUUGGAGGCCUGCUCUACGAUUUCAAUACAUCGGGAACAUCCAACGGUGCCGUAAAGGGACGACACGAUCAAGGCAGAGGUCUGAUGGGACGCGGCGAGGUUCUCGCCAGCCUUGAGUCCUCUGCGACAGCCAAACAAAGAGCAAAGUGGCGAGACCAGGGUGGCAGAGGCAUCGUCGCGCUGGACGAAGCCUGGUGCAUCUGGAAUCGAGCCCGAGGCGUGGCUCUACUCUCUCCAUCAACGCUCCUGGCUGUGGCGAACACGCACCUUCCCCAGUGGACCAGCCCCCCGAUCUCGAUGAGGACGUUUCGGAGCGGGCUGAGGGUCCUCGUCACGCCUCGAUUCGAUGAUCAGAGGUUCCUAGAGAGAGUUCUCAGCGAGCUGGCGCGGCGGCGCACCGAGCAGAACAAGGCAGUGGGCAUAUCGACGAUGGACAUUGCAAGGACCGAGGAAGCGCCAUUGGCGUUGAUCCAGGAGAUGCUCGAAGCGGUCGAGACCGGCUGGGGCCGGCUUGUCAGAGACGAUGGCGGAGCAGGCGAGUCCUCAUCGACAGGAACGACGGUUUGGUAUAGGGAUGAGAUUUCAUCGUUCGACUGGGAUGCUUGGGUCCAGAGUAGAAAGACGGUGGACAGCAUACAUACAUCGCAGAGCAGCAGCAACAGCAGCAUCUUGUAGAAUCAUCAACAUCAAAUCUAUCAGCAUCAUCAUCAGCUCAAGAAUCAGAGACAAUGACGAUUGAUGUGUCUCGCUUCAGAGAUGGAGAGAAAAGUGCUAUCGGUACAGUUACAACAGGUGUCUAGCUCGUGCGGG